CACCCUUGUUGAGCUUGAGAUCUUUUCUAGGCCUUGAUAUGAGUUCUUCAUGAGCAAAUUGAUCAAGAAGCGGUGAUCCAAAUAGUACAAUACAAUGGUUUCAACAGGCAAAUGCAGGCUUGGCUUGAAGUCUAAACUCUCAAAACCAAGGGACUCCAAUAAGACGAUCUCUGCAAAAUCUACGACCAAUUUGAACUCUUGCAAUGAGCCCCCUGCUUGUCCAGAAUGCAAAAAGAUCUUCCCCUCUCAGAAAGCUCUCUAUGGACAUAUGAGAUGUCAUCCUAAUCGACAUUAUCGAGGUGUAAAUAAACCCGUUAGAAGAUCAGCAGACACAGCAGAGCACGCUGCGGCUAAGAUUCUAGUGAUCAUGUCUAAGAGUACUGUUCUAACUCCAAUAUACCAAUGCUCUACCUGUAAGAAGACUUUCAGCACACAUGAAGCGCUAGGAGGGCAUACGGCUAGCCAUAAUAAGCAGCGAAGUAAUGUAGCCGAGAUAAUGGAAGGAUCUAAAGACAGCGGUGUUUUUUCAGAGCGCAGGUGCAAGCACUGCAAUGAGACAUUUGCGACAGGUCAAGCUCUCGGUGGGCACAUGAGGCGACAUUAUAAUGGAAUUCUUGCAAGGGGCCGGGGUCAAAGUGUCGAGAUUGUUGAGAAUAAACAUCAUGCACCGGAGAAUGUUAGGGUUGAAAUCAAUCUUAAUGGGCCGCCGCCAGAGUCAGAUGGAGAACAGAGGUGAUUUAAGAACUCGCAAAGCAAGAUUUUCUGAACCUACGGGAGAAAACUACAAAAGAAAUACAAAGUGAAAGUGUAUAAACAUUAGAAAAAAAAACUCUCAUUUGAAUCAGAUGUAAAAGUCUUAAAGAAACUAGCGCGAGAGCAACUUAAGAAAUGAUACUAUGUAAUGGCGAAAUAUUAACUUUUGUUGGUUUGU